UUCGUCAUCUUUAUGCGCCGGAUAUACUCCUGCAACGUGUUGAAGGAACUUUCACGUGUGGGAAUUUUUCAUCCAGCAACACUUUACCAUUUUAAGCUACGUCAGAUAGUGUCAAAUUAUUGACUUUUCGUGUAGCACAGAGUCAUGGGUCGGAAGUUGGAUCCCACCAGUAAAGUCAAGAGAGGGCCGGGUAAGAAAGCAAGAAAGCAGCAAGGUGCAGAGGUUGAGUUGGCCAAGGUUUUAAAAGAAGAGGAAACAGAAUCAAAACGUCUGUCAAGUAGAGCUAGAAAAAGAGCUGCAAAGAGAGUUCAGAAUUUGCAGAAGUCCAAAGAUAUUGCAGAGGAAAAGUCCAAGAAAGGAUUCACCGAUGAAAAUAAUAAAUGGUUGAAACCAGCUAAAAGGAAGCGUAAGAUCGACGAACCUGAAAGUGAAGACGACAGUGAGGAACACUGGGAAGAUGAUGAUGAUGAUGGAGAGGAGGAGGCGCAGCAGCCCCAGAAGAAGACAGGAAAAGACCAAGCAAAGAAAGGGGCAAAAACAGAAGUGAAAAAACUGGAAGAAGAGGAGGAGGGGGACGAUGAUGAUGAUGAUGAUGAUGAUGAUGAUGACGACGAUGAUGAUGAUGAUGAUGAUGAAGAAGAAAUGGUUGACGACUACGGUACACUUGAUGAUGGCAGCGAAGAUGAAGCCGGGGAAGAGGACAGUGAGGGAGAAGAUCUUCUUCCCAUUGAGCGUGCAGCCAAGAAAGAGAAAAAGAUGAAAGAAUCCAUGGCUCUAGAGAGUGACGAAGAGAAGGAGGAGGAAGAGGAUGAACACAGCGAGAAAUCAAAUGAUGACAUGGAAGAGGAUGACACAUUACAAACUAACACCGAUGAAGGGGAUACAUUCAGGCUGCCUGGUACAGAAGAGAGUGAGAAGGAGGGUCUCAUAUCUCUCGACCUGAAGACAAUCCACCAAAGAAUAAAGGACAACAUUGAUGUCCUUUGUAAUUUCUCAGCAAAAAGGGAGGAGGGGAAAGACCGAACAGAGUACAUCUCUCUUCUGAAGAAAGAUCUCUGUACUUAUUACAGCUACAAUGAUUUCCUCAUUGAGAAAUUAAUGGACCUUUUCCCUCCAUCAGAGCUAGUGGAUUUCCUUGAAGCCAAUGAAAUUCAGAGACCUGUCACGAUCCGGACCAACACGUUGAAAACGAGGAGGCGGGACCUUGCACAGGCUUUGAUCAACAGAGGAGUGAACCUCGAUCCACUGGGAAAAUGGUCUAAAGUGGGUUUGGUUAUCUAUGACUCCUCAGUACCAAUAGGUGCAACCCCGGAGUAUCUGGCAGGUCAUUACAUGCUGCAGGGAGCCUCCAGCUUUCUGCCAGUCAUGGCGCUCUCUCCACAAGAGGGAGAGUUGGUGUUGGACAUGAGCUCAGCUCCAGGAGGAAAGACUACCUAUGUUGCUCAGUUGAUGAGAAACACCGGAGUGAUUGUAGCUAAUGAUGCAAACGCUGAAAGAUUGAAGAGCGUGGUGGGAAACAUUCACCGUCUGGGGGUCACCAACACAGUGGUCAGCAACUAUGAUGGCAGACAGUUCCCAAAGGUAAUGGGCGGGUUUGACAGAGUGCUGCUUGAUGCUCCGUGUUCAGGCACAGGAGUCAUUGCUAAAGAUCCAGCCGUGAAGACCAGUAAGGAAGUGUUAGAUAUCCAGCGCUCUGCUCACUUGCAGAAAGAACUGAUUCUGUCUGCUAUCGACUCUGUCAGUGCUGAGUCCCCAACUGGAGGAUAUCUGGUCUACUGCACAUGUUCGAUAAUGGUGGAGGAGAAUGAGUGGGUGGUGGAUUAUGCUUUGAAGAAAAGGAACGUCAAGUUAGUUCCCACAGGACUUGACUUUGGCAAGGAGGGCUUCACCAGUUUCAAAGAGUUUCGAUUCCAUCCGUCUCUGCGACUCACGCGGCGGUUUUACCCUCAUUCUCACAAUAUGGACGGAUUUUUUGUGGCAAAGUUGAAGAAGUUCUCGAAUGUAAUUCCAACUGCACCUGCGGGGAAAGAAGAAGAGAAAACUGAAGAUCCCGAGGCCCCAGCAGUUACAGACUCUCCAAAGGAGAAACCAUCCAAAAGCGAGAAGACACACAAGACUGCCCCGACAAAAGCUGACAGCUUAAAGCUGAAUCCUAAAGUGAAUGGAACGGCGGUCAAGAAAACGACUAACAAGAAGUCAACAGGAAAAAAGGACUUGCACACUGGACCAAAGAAAGCAAAGGUUGCCAAGAUAGAUGGAGAAACCAUGAAGGGUGCAGAGGCCAAGAAGGCUGUGGUCAAGACCACUGAUGAGAGUAAAACAUCAAAAGAUGAGAAAACGCAGGCAAAAAAGAGAAAAAAACCCAUGAAGGCAAAGAACAGAAUGGGAAAGAAUAAAUUCAACAAGUUGAAGCACAUGUUGCAAAAAACAGAGUGAUAUCUGGACAUUAUGUAAAAAAUUAUCUUGAUUCCAUAAUAACUUUGUGGAACUUUAUUUAGAAGUUACUACUUUGUCAUGAGUUUUCAGGUUGGUGUGUUUUCAGAUGUAACGUGUCAUAGUUACACCUUACAUGUGACAGUUGUAAGCAUGACAUGGCUAUGUGCUCAUGAACUGGUGUCAGAUAUUUUCUUUAUCCCACUUUUAAAGUUGUAUGACAUAAUUUUCAUUGUUAGUUAAAUACAUGUGAGGGCAACCUCCAACGAUUAAUAAAUCUUUUCAGAGAUUUUUCCCAUA